CAUUUUCGCUGUUAGUGUACACUCCGUUGUUGUUUCGAAGUAGUCUUCUUCGUCGAUGUCCGCCAAUUGGUCUGUCGUCGUGUGACUGUGCUUAUUUGUAUCGGUCUUUACCGGGCCGUCGUACUUACCGGCCGAACUUUGUUCAAUCAAAUCAUUUUACCGCGGUCAACAGUUUGUCAACUCACGGAUCGUGCCACCAACAGCGUAAAAGGCAAAAUCGAUUCAUUUUUGGGCACCAAAAAAAAAAAAAAAUCAAACAGAUUGUUUCAUUGUGAAUUUAACUUGAUAAUCAUGCAUGUAGUAAGUUAACGGGUACUCAAUCAUUAUGGAAAAUGGUAUACCUCCUAUGAAAAUUGGAAAUGAAAUUAAUGAUCAACAUCAUGAAGUGAUAAAUAAUCCGCAGGAAUGGACUACCAUGCCUACUCAUGACAUUAUGGUACCCGUUCCAAUAAAAAUCCAACCGUCGAUUGGUAUUUUGGAUCAAAAUAAUCAUCUUAUAAACAAUUCUAGUCCUCAUCCAGGUGUCUUACAUCCCAUCCCUCAUCCAGGUAUCAUACAUCCCAGUCCUCAAACACCACAUGGAGUUCCAAUUCCUGCCGGGGCUUAUAUUGAUUCUGAUAUACCAAUAGAACUUUUACAGCAAGGUUGGAAGAAACACUGGAGUUCACGAGAAAACCGGCCAUAUUUUUGGAAUAAAGGAACUGGUGAAUCAUUUUGGGAACUACCACAUAUACGACAGUUUGAUGCCGCAUCUGAUCCACUGGGGAUAACAAAUAAUGGACAUCAAAGUGAAGCUGUUCCGAUGAUAGUUAAAAAAAGACCUGCCGAAGAAACGGUUAUGGGCCCUAAUAACAAGAAAAUGACUUUAACGGGCCCUUGGGAUCUUGAAAUACCUACAAAUGUAGUUAUUACUGAACGGUCGCCGUUGACAUUUCCACAACCUCAUCCUGAUAUUGAGUUUUAUCGAGGUGCUCUCGUGAACAAGUUGAGGUUAUGUUACCAAGAGUUAUGUCAAUCAAGAGAAAAUGUUAAUCCAUCGAAAGAAUCAUUUAAUCAUUGGCUUAUCGAAAGAAAAGUUAUUGAUACAGGAUCAGACCCUUUAUUACCUUCCCAAUGUUGCCCAGACGUCUCAUUAAGAAUGUACAACGAUAUAAUGAAUGAUAUACCAUUACGAUUAGCUAAACCCAAGUAUACUGCAGAUGCUCGUAAGCAAUUGUCCAUUUAUGCGGAAGCAGCAAAAAAUCUAAUUGAAUCGAGAAAUGCUCUGCAAGAGAGUAGAAAAGUAGUAAAAUGGAACACUGAAGAAACUUUGCAGUGGUUGAGAAAAACAGUGGGUGCCAACUAUACCGAUUUUCAAGAAAGAUUAAAUCAUUUAAAAUCUCAGUGCCAGCCUCAUAUAGCUCAAACAGUUAAAGGAUCUGUUGAAGGAAUUUGCUCUAAGGUAUAUCAUUUGUCGGUUGAGUAUUCCCGUAAAAUUCGUGAAAAAAAUAGUGAACUUUUACGAGCUCAAGGGAUUCCAGAAAUGGCACCUGCUCCUGCAACGUUAACACUACGUAAAGUUUGGUGUUACCCUCUUAAUUUUUUGACACCCGCACCUCGAAUGCCUCCGAUUGACUAUAUGAUUGCUGAAAAGGACCAGAUUCAUUUGCGGUAUUUUGGAGAGAAGCUACACGUCAAUACAAUAUACUUCCAAAAAUUGGAACAGCUCUAUCGAUACAGUUGUUAUGAAGACAAAAAAAUGGAAUAUUUCAUGGGUCGAGUUUGGUGUUUGUUAAAAAGGUACAGUGUCUUCUGUGGAAAUAGCCCAGAAACUCAAGAAUCUGUACCAGUAUCUAUCCUAGAAUCUCUACACAGACAUUUUGGAGUGACCUUUGAAUGUUUUGCGUCGCCUUUAAACUGUUAUUUCCGACAGUAUUGUUCAGCUUUUCCAGACACAGAUGCUUAUUUCGGGUCCAGAGGAUCAUUUUUGGAAUUGAAUGCAGUAAGUGGAUCGUUUAUAAUGAAUCCACCUAUGCUUUGUAAUGAGUUAAUUGAAGCUGCAUUGGAUCACGUUGAACGGUUGCUAUCCGAGUCCAAUGAACCACUUUCUUUUGUUGUUAUGCUGUCUGAAAGUGAAUCAACAUUUAUUAAGAAACUAGACUCAAGUAGUUUUAAAAGACGUGAAGUAGUAAUACCGGCAUAUGAGCAUUACUAUAGGCAUGGUUUUCAGUAUGCUAUCCCAAGGUCAGAGGCUAAUGUACGAUCUCCUACUAGUACAUUAGUCGUUUGGCUACAAAACAAUGCUGGGUGUCAACGAUGGAGCCCUAGCGAAGACAGAGUCGAAGCCUUGUUAGAAGCAUUCAGACCUGGACGAGAACGUGAUCGCGAUCGUCAGGAACUUCUAUCACCUACACCUAAUAGCUCGUCUGGAGCACCUCCUUCUAGCACUACCUCUUCCUCUUCCACGUGCGUAGAUGAUCAGCGAUGUUAUAAUAGGCAUAAUAGUGCCUAAGUACACUUUUAGUAGAUCCCUUAUUCACGUAAACAUAUAUUUAAUUUAUUAUUUAUUACCAAACAGUUUUAUGCUUUUCAUUGACUGUAACUUCUUAAACAAUCGAUGUGAAUCAACAAUUUUUUUUACAAAUUUUUUUUUACAAUUAUUGAUAAUAAAUACUUUUUAAACAAUAUUUUAGAUAGUUAUAUCGUAUCGUUAUUUACAAAAUAUAUAAAUUUUGAUUACAAUGUAAUUAUAUUUAAAAUAAAUUUGUCUAAUUACAUAGACAUUGGAGGAAUAGGUACUUCUAAAAGAGUUUACAUUUGGGCACAAUUUAAUAACAUAAGAGGAAAUUGACAUUUUUGUGCAAUUUAAGUACCAAAUUUAAAUGAUUACUAUAGUAAGAUAAAAAACAUUUUUGUUUUUACAAUUAGUUUAAUUAUUAUACACAAAUCUGUUAUAUUAUUGCAAUUGCAAAAUUUGCUGUCUUAUUUUACAUUGGAUUAUUCGUUAUUUUAGAAGUUUAAGUAAAAUAAGUAUUUUGAAUAAUAUCAAUUGUACUUAAGAAUAAUGCUUGUUUAUGAAUCCAAUAGUUAUGUUGCUCUAAGUGUUUGGACACUUUCUGCCUCAAUACAAAUGUUCAGAGAUGCACAUUUGUCUUAAUUUUAUGUCCACUACCGAACUUUGUACAGUUAGUUAAUUUUGGGUGUUUCAAAGCUAUAUAAAACUAUUUAAAUUGUAGUGUAAAAUUCAUUGUUGAGUUGGUAUAACUUCUCUUUUAAUCUACCUAGUUAUACUGUUUUUUUUCUUUUUUUUACGAGAGAAACACAGAAACCAAAACGUGUUACUCUUGUAUACGUCUUCCCAGAUAAGAGUAAUUCGUUUUGAUUUCAGUGCAGUCCCGUUCUUUCGUAAAAAAAAAGAGUAUAGUUACGUCAUUUGUUUUUUAAACUUUUAAAUGUUAUCCAGCUAUUUGUUAUUCCUUUUACAAAACAUUAAAACUUAUUAUUAAUUAAUUUAAUAAUUUCCAUAUAUUAGGAUAUUAUUGACUUUUUAGCGAUUUAUUUAAUUUUUGAAUUAGUUAUA